UGAUUUGCAUUGUGUGCAGUGGAUUUUGCUUAUGAGGGAUUGUUUAUACUUCAAAUAGCGGUGAAAAAUAUAAGGCUAUAGUUUGGUUUUUUUUUAUCACGUCAUAGACCAUUCAAACGCAGCAUUGAUAUUAGAGCACUCGUGUCAAUGUAUAUGCAUAACGUUUAACAAAUAACAAUUAUAUGCAGAUUUUAUUACAGCACGUAGGGCCUAGCAGUGUACCCAGUAUCACUUCACUGCAUUGAUAAGCUUUGGCUGAGUGAAGUUACACACCAGUAAAUCCAUAUUACACGUCAUUACAAAACUUUUUUUUUCAGGAUAAAUAAGUAAACACCAUCACUAUGCGAUAUCUCCUAAAUUGUGUAUGUAACAAAAUCAAGCUGUAUUGCCUCAACCAAGUUAGUUUACGCACAGAAAUGCCCUUCUUUAUAUUAUUGACUGUGGGGAGGGAGGGACGCCUGCGUGAUUCAUUCAACAAUAAACGACACUCUUCCCAUAUACAGUAUUUAGGAACAUUCCAGUAACCAGACAGUAACCCAGGUGACACGUUUUAAAGGACAUAGAUUAUGCAUUUUGCUAUUGUAAUAGGAAGCAAUCUGAUUUGACGUGUGUCAAUUGAAACAUAGUGUGAAGGCAUUUCUUGCUAAAUUAAUUCUUCUGUGCUUCUGCCGUUCUAAGUUUCUCAAAAGAUUUAAAAAAAAAAGUCGGCACAGUUGUAAUAUUUUUUCUUCAAUAGAAACACUGUAAGGCAAACAAUACUGUACUGUGCAGAAGGAGACAUUAGGGUUAGGAUUUAUGACACACCCCUGUGCAGGGCUCUACGCCCGUUAAAAUUUAUAGGAGCGCACUGAAAAAUGUAAGCGCACAUAAAAAUAAAAAAAAAACAAAAGCAUAAACACAAUUUUGCAAAAAUAAGUAUGGUACUACAGUGCCAGCAUUUAGGUUGACCAUCUAUAUACUUUUGCAUCAACAAAAUAAAUAUUGUAGAAUGCUUUUUUCUAACUUACAUUUUCUUUCUUUUCAUCUGAUGUUUACCAACAUAAAAUCUUUUAAAGUAGAGAUUUUUGUUUUUUAAUCUUCAACAGAAACUAUUUAUUUAGGCUAAUCUUUGUAUUAUGGUCUCUUAGAACGCUUUGAUUGCACAACUGGUAGGGUCAAAUUCUGCUUCAGCCCUUAUAACUGUCUUCCGUCAUUCCAUGCAUUUACAGUUACAGCAGUGGUGUGUUGGAUAUGUAGUUUUUACAGUCUUGCUAGCAAUAGAAAUCUGUUUGUAUUUGUAGCUGACAAAAUCUUAAAUUCUGAUCAGUUUUUGAGGUUGUGAACGCAUUGGUCGCACACGUGCGCCUAAAACAAAAUUAAUGGUCGCCUCAACAUAUGCCACCAAUCGAGCCCUGCUAUGGGAACUUCUGUGUAAUUGUCAAUCCACUGCCCAUUAGCUUUUUCAACUGCUAAGAUCUCAUAAACUAUCUGUCAGCAUAACAUAUUCUGUACUUUGGAAACUCCUUGGUCAAAAUCUAACUGUACCCUUCAAUUUGAUCUCUUGCCUAAUAGCUUCCAUAUUGUGGUCAUGUGAUAAAGACCCAAUGCAAGUCCAUUAAAGGUUUUACUAUGAGUUUUAGUAAGACACAUCUGAGCUUGCUACCUAUAUACACUGGCUUGUCAAGCUCAUAGUAAAACCUGGAAUGGUUGAAACUGCUAUAUAAACAUGGCUUAUAAAAUUCAAUAACAAAUGGUUCUUUGUUUGAAGUCAAUAUUGAAGACGCUGAAAAAAGUUAUAAAGUUGAAAAAUGUGUUUUUUAAUUGUAUGUAAAAAUAAAAGGUUUAAACAAAAACACUUUAAACAAACACACCUGAGCGGCCACCUUCAUUGAAACACAUAUAACCAUUCUCCCAAACUCCUCUCCCAAACAAAUGAUUUCCUUGCUUUUAUAGCUUGUGACUGGGCUUAAUUGACCCUCAAUUAACCAAUUAAAGCGUAUCUUGCAGGUCAAACACACCAAUACAUUUCUGUAUAGAUUUCAUCAAUAGAAAUAAAAUAGUUUUUAUGCGGUUAAAAAAUAAUAAUAAACAAGAAAAAUAUGAUGGAUUUUGUGUGGUGUAUGGCUACUCCCACUCAAAAAUCAUGCUGGCCGGAAUAAAACCCGAAGUUACGUAUGAAACAGUAAACACACAUGGCGAAUGCCGCUGAAAACAUAGAAGAUGAAGUCGAAGACCCAAUUCAUUUUAGGGAACAGGCCACAACCCUACAUAUUUGAACCGCCGACGAGGCAGCAGGAUCCCACUGAUCAACAGAGGCAGCGACUAAAUGGGGAUUGACAAGAAAUUGAGUUGUGGACCCUCCAAAACCUGUGGCGGAACAGCAACGCUGCUUGGCGUUGGGAAGACAACUUUGAUUAAAAAAGCCACUGACGCUUUCAGAUCUCCUGGAGUUCCCAUAGAUGGAUUUUACACAGAGGAGGUCAGACAAGCUGGAAGAAGAAUAGGAUUUGAUGUGGUCACUUUGUCUGGGAAACGAGGAAUCUUGUCCAGAAUUGGGAAUGCCUCAGGACCUUCUGGACAACGUGAAUACAGAGUUGGUCAAUAUGUAGUAGAUCUGACAUCAUUUGAAAACAUAGCUCUUCCACUUCUUCAAAACGUAAAUGUCGGAGGGAGUACUGGAAAGCGGGUGUACAUCAUAGAUGAGAUUGGAAGAAUGGAACUGUUUAGCCAGUCCUUUAUUCAGGCUGUGCGGCAGACCCUUGAAAAUGCACAGUCUUCAAUUCUUGGAACAAUUCCGAUUCCAAAAGGAAAGCCACUGGGCAUUGUGGAAGAAAUAAGGAACAGGAGAGACGUUAAGGUUUUUACUGUUACCAAGGAGAACAGAGACCGCAUUUUACCAGAGAUUGUGACAACUCUGCAGGAUUGUAUAAAAUAAACCAAAGAUAGAUCAAAUCACACCUGUUUAACUGUAUUUUAUUUAAUUGCAUGUUAUUUGUUUUAGCACCAUUUUGUAUUCAUUGUUUAAAACAGUUGAUGUAUUUAUUAGGUGUGUGCGGAUACUUUUAUUUUCCAAGUAAUUGCCUUGAAGAUGUAUUUGUCGGCAGGUAUAAAAAAUAAAAAUAAAAAAUAACACCUAUUUAUUAAUAAGAAAAGCUGCCCUUCCCUCACCUUUACAAUUGAGUACCAGUAGAAAUUAACAUCUUCAUUGAGUGUUUUAAAAGCCGAUUGGAAGUGGAUUGUCUUCUCAUCCUGUUCACUAGACAAUGAAAAUAUGUUGCAAAACUACCAAAUGCAACUGAUUUGUCACAUAAACUUGACAUUUCUUUAGACUUGAGCUACUGCUGUGGAAACUGGGAUAUGUAUUUCUUCGUCAAGUUUAGUCAGAGAUAAUACCUUGCCCAGGACUACAAUCCCACAAUUCACUGCAGAGAAUAUGUAUUUCUAAGGAAACUAAGGAAAGUGAAAAAAAAAAAGAUUCAUAUCAAUAAAAGAAAGGGAAGACACAUGAUAAACACACAAGUUUUAGUUGGUUUGAUUACAACAGGUUCUAUAUUAAAUAACACUGCCAGAUUGUUAUUGA